ACCUGCACAUUAUAACAUGUCCCCAAUUUCAAAAUUCACACUCAAAAAACCCUAAAUCGAUCUCUCUGAUACAUGAAGCGGCUCGGUGUAUCAGACUCCAGUGCAGACACUAAUUCGUUUAGUAAAAAACAUAUGGUAGGACCCCAAAUCGGUUUUCCCUGGGCAGCAGCAUCAUCUCAACCAAAAACAAUGGGCACUCCAUCGUUAGACAUGCAACGGGCUGAAUCAUCGAGACAACAUGUGCGAGCUCUUAAUACCCAAUUUGCAAGUUGGGUCCAAUCUCAGUUACAAAACCACCCUGAUGAACUUUGGGAAGAUGGAGUCCGUGACUACCUAACGCACGCGUCAAACAUUUUGGAGAAGUUUAGUGAUGUUGUUAACUGGCUCAAAUCAAAUUCGACAAAAAGUGAAAAAUUAUCGGAACCCGGAUCACAUGUUGCUCAGAAGAAACUUGUUACCGAUAAUAAGGGUAUUACAAAUGUGCCCUUACAAGAGAAAACAUCCAACGCCCCACUUUCUGGACCAGCCUCGAUGUUUGCAACGUCAGGUUUUGUAAGCUCAUGGAGCCCCCGGCCUCUCGGCAAUAGCCAGUCGACCCAGUCGUCUUUUUCGUUUGGGGUACAAAGUUCAAUCGGUGUAAAGCCAGAUGCUUCAAAAGAUGCGGAUGGUGAUGAUGAAGCUGAGCAGCCAAGUAGCCCGUCUGUGAAGAAGACCGAAGAGAUUGGCAUCUCGGUGGUGCAUGAAGUCAAAUGUAAGAUUUAUAUCAAGUCAACUGAUCCGACAGAUAAAGAUGCAUGGAAAGAUAGAGGCACGGGACAACUAACCAUCAAAUGCAAAGAAGGUGUUUCCAAAGGCACCAAAGAUUCCAAACCCACAAUUCUUGUUAGAAAUGAUGUUGGAAGAAUUGUGCUUAACGCAUUGCUAUAUCCGGGCAUCAAAACAAACUUGCAAAAGAACUCCAUUGUUGCCAUAUUUCAUACUGCGGAUGAUAACGAAAGGGACAACAGCAAAGUUGUUGCAAGAACGUUUUUGAUAAGACUUAAAACCGAGGACGAUCGAGACAAACUGGCAACUGCUAUUAAAGAAUACGCUCCUGCUACUUAAGCAGCCUGUGACAUGUGUUACCUCUCAUUGGUACACCAUUAACCGAAAGUAAUGGACGUGGUUUUGUCAAUGGCUAUGACCAUGAAGACCAGUUAUGAACCAGGUUAGCAGAAUGGUGCGAGUUGAGGUCGGUUUAUUUACAACUUGGGAAAUUCCCUCUUGCAUGUUGUCUGUAUCGUAUAAAUGAGAUGUGAAGAUGUACUAGCGAUUAUGGUCGAAUGCAAAUUAGAGAGCGGUUUUUUACCUUUGGAAAAGAUUUUUUGCUAUUGUUAUUUUUUUUUUCAGUUCUAUACAGAAUCGGUCGCAUGAUUCGGGCCAUAGGGCUGUAUAGAGCCAUACUUAUUUCUAGCUUCUUUUCAUUUAAUCAGUUAUGUUAAUUUUUGUACCACAUAAUAAUGUCUCUUUUUAUGUUUGAUGACCCUUGUGAA